AUUAGAUCAAGUUCCUUAUUAUUAAUGUCUAAAAUCGUAUGAACGCAGGGCGACAUGGAGGUUAGUAAGGCAGAAGACAAUUCCCUUAACAAGCGAGAGGAAGGAAAAGGUGGAUUUAGAGCUUGCAUGUUUGUUUUUGUGCUGGUGGCAUUGGACAAUAUGGGUUUCAUAGCAAACAUGGUUAGCUUGGUUCUUUACUUCCUCAAGGUUAUGUAUUUUGAUAUACCUAAUUCCGCCAACACUCUAACCAACCUCAUGGGAUCGAUAUUCUUGCUCACUCUUCUUGGUGGCUUCAUUUCUGAUACUUUCUUGAACAAACUUUACACUGUGCUGCUUUUUGCAGUGAUUGAAAUCUUGGCUAUGGUGUUAAUGACAAUUCAAGCUCAUGCAAAAAGUCUGCACCCGCCGUAUUGUGGCAAGCCAAAGUGUGUGGAAGGAAAAAUAGAAUUUACGCUCUACGCAUCACUUGCUUUGUUAGCUUUAGGUUCAGGUGGAGUCAGGGGAGCUCUUCCUUCACUUGGCGCUGACCAAUUUAAUCAGAAUGAUCCUGAAGAGGCCAAGGAUCUUGCAACCUACUUCAAUUGGAUGACACUCAGCACAGUACUUGGUGCAGCAGUAGGUGUCACAGGCAUAGUUUGGGUUAGUGUCAAUGAUGCUUGGUACAAAGGAUUUAUGAUAUCAACUAUUGCCGCAUUCGUUGGUUUCAUUGUUCUUGCCUGUGGGAAACGUUACUACCACCUCAAAGAACCUGGAGAGAGUCCCCUCAUCAGGAUCGUACAGGUUUUUGUUGUGGCAAUCAAGAACCGAAAAUUAUCGCUGCCAGAGAAUCCUGAAGAGCUAUACGAGAUCAGUGACGAAGAAAGAAUAUACUCAGAUGAAAAAAUUGCACAUACGGACCAAUUCAGAUUCCUAGAUAGAGCUGCCAUUCUACCUAAAGACCUGACAGCUGCACCAUGGCAAGUAUGCACUGUGACACAAGUUGAAGAAGUGAAGAUCCUGACAAGAAUGAUGCCAAUUUUAUUCAGUACUAUCAUAAUGAACACAUGUCUGGCACAACUCCAAACUUUCUCAGUAGAACAGGGUUACAUCAUGAACAGGUUUAUUGGCAAGUUUGAGGUUCCUGCCCCAUCAGUUCCUAUAAUUCCCCUAGUUUUUAUGGUCAUACUUAUUCCAAUGUACGAGUUCUUUUUCGUUCCUUUUGCUCGAAAAAUCAGCGGUCACCCAUCAGGCAUCACGCAACUUCAACGUGUAGGAAUUGGUCUUGUUCUAUCUGCAAUUUCAAUGGCUGUAGCAGGUAUUGUCGAGGUGAAAAGAAGAGACCAAGCACAUAAGGAUCUAGCACAUCCCAUCAGUGUUUUCUGGCUAUCUUUUCAGUAUGGAAUUUUCGGAAUAGCAGACAUGUUUACACUUGUUGGAUUAUUAGAAUUUUUCUACAAGGAAGCACCUUCAGGAAUGAAAUCCUUGUCUACAUCAUUUACAUGGCUAUCUUUAUCAUUUGGGUAUUUCUUGAGUACUGUUUUGGUUAACCUCAUCAAUGCUAUUACUAAAAGAGUUACUCCAAGCAAACAAGGGUGGUUACAUGGUGAUGAUAUAAACAGCAACAAUUUAAACCUAUUUUAUUGGUUUUUAGCUAUCCUGAGCUGCAUCAACUUUGGUGUCUAUCUUUGUAUGGCAUCCUGGUACAAAUACAAGGCCGAUGAUAUAGAUUUAAAGAUGGAAUCGAAGGGGUCGACGGACGGAUUGCUUCCUGCCAAGGUAGCAAGCAAUCCUGAAUCAAGUGUGGUAAAGAAAGAAGAAGUAGAAGAAAGUACAGUGGAAAAGGUGAUGAGUGAUACAAGUUAUGCUGAAGCUCAAGCUCCAUCUUCUGAACAGCCUAAGGAUGAUGAAGAAAAAGAGCAAACGUAUCAUUCUGAAAAGCCUAAGGAUGAUGAAGAAAAGGAGCAAAUACAUCAGCAAGAAACUCAAUCUAGCAACUAGCUUAUGUAUGACAUGAUUCUGUUAUAUAUGACAUAAAUGUGCGCCAAUUUGGUAAUACUUAGAGACUUCUCUAUUUCCUGAUCUAUAUUUUCUUUGUUUGAUUGUAUUUCAGUUUAACUGUAAUAAGAAGAUUUUCCCACAAGAAAUGAGAAAAAGAGCCUUCUUUAUGGUUGGAGAUUAAUAUAACCUGCAGUUCCUCCCCGUGAUAGUUACAACUCGAGCAUCAAUGGCUCUUUUAGAUCUCUUCAGUACGUAGGAUAGUGGCAAUCUUUAAUCCACUGGGCAUGAAAAUAAGAGUUAAUUACGAUUUGAUCUCCCAU